GCGGUGUGCUGCGGUCAGUGGCGAGCAGCUGAGAAACGUCCGGCGCAUGCGUACUGGUCGCGCGACGCAACAGCCGUAAACACGGGCCCUUCCGCCGCCUCUCUUUUUUUUUUUUCCCCCCUGGUCGGCGUUCCUCGCGGCGCGGCGGGUCAAAAGCACGCCUGUCUGUACCUGUACGACGGGGUGAGCGCGGAAACGUGUGUCUCGCAGGGGGAGGACGCGUCGCGAGUCCGCGGCGUUCCCGCGCGCGCGGGGUAUACGCGUGACUACCGGAAAGAUGGUGGUUCGUACGGCGACGGCACCGCGUCUCGGCAUCUCGUGAUAUCGUAAAAUUUUCACGGCUCGAUGGUAUGCGGUGACGUCAUCCGAAACAGCUCUGGAAGGAUCCAGCGAGACAAUAAUGGCGGAUCUGUACGCGAAGUACAACUGCACCUAUUGCCAGGAGGACAUUGCGGGCCUACGUGUCAAUUGCAUCGAGUGCCCCGAAUUCGACCUUUGCUUGCAGUGUUUUUCCGCCGGUGCUGAAAUUGGUCAACAUAAAAAUAAUCAUGCCUAUCAAUUUAUGGACUCUGGUACGAUCAGCAUAUUCAAUGGUCGUGGCAAUUGGACAGCCAGAGAACAACUGAGACUUCUGGACGCGAUCGAACAGUUUGGCUUUGGUAACUGGGAGGAUAUCAGCAAACAUAUCGAGACCCGUACGCCAGAAGAAGCGAAAGAAGAGUACAUCGCUAGGUAUCUCAAUGGGAACAUCGGAAAGCAUACAUGGCCACCCACGGAUAGCUACGUACCAAAUCUCACGGAUCAGACGAAGUCCGAUCACGGUCCUCUAUCGCCUGACCUCACGUCUAGACUACCACCAUUGGACAUCACCCCGGAAGAAGCCGCGCAGUUGGGCUACAUGCCCCAACGAGACGAUUUUGAGAGAGAUUACAAUCACGAGGCCGAGUCUCUCGUUUCUUCAUUGUUCCUGAACCCUGCCGAGGACGACGAUCUUGAUAUUGCACUUAAAUUAGCACAAGUUGAUAUGUACACCAAUAAUCUCAGGGAGCGAGCCAGGCGGAAACGCGUCGUGAGAGAUUACCAGCUUGUGUCGGCUUUCUUCGCGUCGUCCAGGAAAGACAAGGGAGUGAAGAAAAAAUGGACGAAGGAAGAAAAAGAAUUUAGGGACAGAAUGCGUGUAUUCGCACAGUUUUACACAGCACAAGAGCACGAACAGUUCCUAACAAAUCUCGAGAGGGAGAGAGAAUUGCGCUUACGGCUCUCGGAGCUUUAUCGAUACCGCGAGAACGGCGUUACGAGGCACGAGGAGUGCGCUCAUUUCGAGCAAGUUCUCGCGCAAACUCAGAGACAGAACGACACAGUGGAUCAUUGGACUGAAAAGAAAUCUGGCAGCAGUGGGCCGUCCACACCAAUACACCGCAACAUCUCAAAAAGAAGAGAAGAAGAAAAAAGUUACUCUUCCACCGACCGAAAAUACACUGUAAAGCAAGACUCAGCCAGCUCCACAGUCAGUCAAGCCAGUCACAAUCGGACGACGACUCCAGCCAAUCAGUGGGCGGAGUCGGAUAGCAAUCCAAACACUUCCAAUCAAUCGACUUCCAGCCCCAACUCUUUGCAAGAAAAAAGUUACAGCGGUGGUACCAUUUCUAGCCAAGAGCGUGAUAUAGAAUUGGAGGCUGCGUCUCAUCUUUUAACGAAGCAAGAAAAAUCCUUAUGUAUUCAACUUGAUCUAAAGCCGACUCAGUAUUUGACGCAAAAGACAUUAUUAUUACAAGAAUAUUUAAACGGUAAUAGGAGAUCGAGUAUUGUACCUCAAUCAGAACCAGAAAGCAAAAUUCUUCAUUAUCUAGUAACUAACGGUUGGAUCACAGCCAAUUGAUCAAACGUGUAAAAAUUUGCGACUAUUUUGCCACUCUAAGUCAUCUCUAAUCUUACAAGCUAAGUCUUAGAUGUAACUAAAAUUUUUUAAGUCUGAUUCAGUUAAGUAAGACAGGCAUAAGGUGAGGGAACGAGAUAAAAGAAGAAGAAGAGAAAUCGCAUGCGUGCAUGUGUGUAGUAGUUUCAUUGUUGCUGAUACUUUUUACACAGUGAUAUUGCUAUGAUAUAACGCGAUCUAUUGUUCGACGUAGGAUCAGAUAGAUUCGCAAUCAGGCCCGAUUUACGUGUUUAGCAUCUACGAUAUCUGGCAAUGAGUUCAGGGCCGAUUCUAUGAUGAUAAAAUCUCAGGAAGUGUUCAAUUGCUUCUCUGUUCUUUUUCUUAUAGAAUAGCCUUUCUUAGGCUGACUGUAAAUAUCAAGAAUAACAAACAAUUUAAUUUAUCGCUGUAAGCAUGAAUAACUCUAGCUAUACACUCUGGAGUUUCUGAAAUCUUAGUGAAAUUUGAAAUUUUAUAUUAUUGAUAGAAUUAGUAAAUAGAAUUCUAUUUACUAAUGCUAUUGUGAAUAAAUAAACGUAUUUUUGUAGUUCAUUUACGAUUGAUUUAAGCAAAAAAUUUAAUCACAAUAUGAUAAUUUUCUCGAGCAUUAGAAAGGAUUGUUUUUCGGUACUUAUUACAAUUUUAGACAACUGAGUGAAUAUAUUUUUUUUUUAGUUCAUUUAUGAUCGAUUGAAAAAAAGUUAAUCAUGAUACGAUAAGUGAUAUAAAACAUAAGUGUGGUAUAACUAGGGUUAACAAACGUUAGUAGAAUCAGCCCUUAAAAUGUUUUAUUUGUCACUUUCAAUUGAAUGCUGUUUGAACGAAUCUCUUACACUGCCUACGUAGAGCCAUUGAACGUAUUGCUCAAUUAAUUCUUCCACUGUGUUAUUUCCGUGUGUAGAUAAUACCUGUUGAGCACUCUUCUUUCUUAAAUUUUAAAUUGUUAUCAUAUUCGGCAAUAAGGAAACGUCCAGAUUAUUCACGUGUCUCUGUUUUUAAAUUACAAAAUUCCUGUGGUACACAAAGCAGCAUAUUAAAAAUAUUGAAGCUUUUUAGGCCAAUAUAAUCUAUUGCCUGAAAUUAUUCCACAAUGGGCUACUUUAUUCUGAUUAGUAUUAUUAUUUAUUAGAUAGUUAUUUAUUACUAUAAAAAUAUUGAUGUAUACGAGAGGACUAGUUGUAACAUAGAAGAGAUUGCUUAUUUUACAAAAAAUUUAGAGUGAUAAAUCUCGAUAAAUCGAUUGACAAUCCUCAUAAUUAAAAUAUAACAUUGUGCGUACCAUGCAAAUUAUGUUCAAAGCAUGAAAACAUAAUCAUGUACGCGACACUAUAUAAUGUUUCAUAAUUAAAGAUUUCAUUUGGGCUUAAAGUAUUCCUUAUUGACGAAGAAUGAUGCGAAUAUUCAUAUAUUCAACUAAUAUAAGAUGUACAAUAUUGGAUAAUUUGUCUGUUAUUUGUACAGUAUUUGUAUAUACGACAAGGGACGGAAUACCUUCUUAAUGAUAAUAUGCUUUAUUUGAAGCACAAAGAAAUACAAUUUUGCGACAUAUAAAGUGUCUUUAUCAUUAUUAUUACGAUAAAAUUUUAAAUCAGAUUUUUCGAUAGAAGUGAGGGAGACAUCUAAGGGCGGUAUUCAUAGUUGAUUAUAAUUUGAGGAUAAUAAUCAUAGAUCUUUGAUCAUUCGUGAAUUUAUUUUUAAUUUUUACAAAGAUUCAUUAUUUUCAAUUAAUUCAUAAAACACUGAUUUAUGAAUUACUUAAUAAUUAUUUCGACUAUCUCAGAUUGAUAAAUGAUAGAUUUGAUCAUUAUUUAUUUGGAUUAUGAGCGUCUCAGGUAUAUCAAUUACGAGCAUUUAAUGUUAUUUUCUAAUACACCUUCAAUCAUAUAUAGUGUUUAUAAUCAUUAUAAUAAAUUAUUAAAUAAUUAGAUUUUAGAUAUGUGAAUAUUUUUUUAAUUAUAAGAUUAUAAACGAAAUAUUAAACAGAAAAGCUUCAUUAAUUAUAGUCAAGACCUUACUAAUAAAUCUAUGAUUAUUGGAGCUAAUAAGUGAAGAUGAAGAGUAAGUAAUAACAUAUUUUUCAAAUGCAGAUUCGUGAAACAGAUAUCUGUGAAUUGUCCAAAUGAAUAAUCCAAAUAAUUGAAUAACGAUCAAUCUCUAAUUAAUUAUGCGCUUAAUUAAAGAUUGAAAAUUAUAUUUACAACUGUGAGUAUCGACCUAAAAGAGGCUUUGGGAUCGUAAUUAUUUUCCAUCACAUCCGAAGUCAACAUCGACGAAAGUAAUCUUUUAAUUAAUACCAGUAGGCGUGUGUUAAAUUUUGUGAUAUCACGAAAGCUGCCUCCACAAGAAACAUUCAUUGAAACGUUUCUUUCAAAGCGAUAUACACAAAGUGUAUAGAAACUAUUGAGGGGAACCAUCUUUAUUUUUGCCGUACUUUGACGUAUUCUCUUUCAUUCAAGGUUAACAAAUAAUUUAUCGAUCAAUAUUAUCAUAUAACUAUAAAUAAAAACUAGGAAAUUUAAACGAAUCUCGUUAAAUAUUUUUUAAUUUCAAUGUCAUUAAAGAGAUCCGAUUCAUGAAUGAACCCCUUACGGUCGUCCGGUAUGAACAAUUACGAUUCUUAUUUUACAAAACAUGAGAUAAUACCGCGAGCAAUCGUUUUUCGGAAUAUGCGGGACAUGCUCUUACGUUACUUACUUUUAAAGUACAAUAAAGCAGGAAUUUUGUAGCUGUACGAUAAUAUGUUGUUAAAUAUUAUUUAAAUCGGUUGUCCCUGAAAUUUUCACGCUUAUUAAAAUUGUAUAAGUCUAAAUAGAGGUGGACACGGUGGAUUGUAUAUAUAGGUCCUAAUGUAGAUAUAAAAAGAGAGCCUAUCUAUUUGUACAUAAUAAUACGAGUAAUAAAGACCUACUCAGGUUUAAGUAGAUAGACAAAUUCUAUAUCCAGACUUUCUCUUUUGUGUGCGCGUGCCUGCGUGCGUAUCUGUGCGAGGGAAAAUAUUUGUAUGGCAGGGCGACGCUGAAAUAUAAAUGCGACUCGCUCAUAUUUUGUAUAGAUAUUAAACAAAUACCUCUCCCGUUUAUCCGACUAUAUUUGGUGGUGCAUAGCUGAUUAUAUAUAUAUACGUAUAUAUAUUACUGGGACGGCUUGUUGCCAAUGGACGAUCGAGAUCAAUGAGAUUAAAGGUCUCGUCUUCGCGUCAUGUGCAUAAAGUCGAUAUUUUAGCUGUAUAUAGUGGAUCAACAUCGAAAUUUCAGAAGAGAGAGAAAAAACCAAUUCUUAUGAAACAACUGUAGUCGGAUAAAGACGCGUAUGAAGUACAGCUUCGAUCACAAUAAAUUGUCUGUAUGAUAUUCGACACGCGUGUUACACUGUGCGCACUAUUUUCUCAAUUGAACAACAAAUUAGCUCUUUACAACUUACUUAUGAUGUACUCCAAUACGGAUAUUCAUCGAACAUAUUGUGAAAUAAAUUAUGCGAUAUUUUCAUUUAA